AGAAUAGAAUGAGAUGAAUAUAGUCGAGACAAAAAAAGAUAGUGAUAUGAAUAGAUUAGAGUAAACGAGACAAGAUCAAUGAAUUUAAUGUGAGAGAAACAAGAUAAAUAGUUUGUAACAAGAGAAAGAAUACAAGUAUAAGAGAAGUGGUAGAAAUAAGACAGAUUUAACACAUAUGCAUUGGGGGGAUACAUGAAUACACAACACCCACAUGUAUUUUUAAAAAAAAGAUAUAUAUACACAUAUAGUUAACUAACACAAUGAUUUAAUCCCCGUGGUGCACGGGUAUGAAAACCAGUCGGUUUACAUUCCAACAAUCCUCGCCAAUCCUCGGUCGCCGGACGCCAGUGGACGCCAAGAGGCAUCGUCGUGAGGUCUUUCUUUUUUGGAUCCCCAUCAUCAUCAUUCUCAUUUUAAAGUUUUAUUAUUUAUAUCAACAGUUGUCUUUACAAUGCAAUCUAAUUAUUUGCUCUAAUAAUUACGACACAUUAUUUAAAUGAAAAAUUAAAUUAGUGUUUAAAAAAUAAAAUCAGCAACAACAACAACAACAACACAAGUUGGAGUAAAAAAUAAAGUGGAGUAAAAAUAAUUAUAAUUAAAAAAAAAAAAAAAAAGUGUUUUAGAUUAUUUAUGUUAUGUUGUUAUAUUUUUUUUUAAAUAAUAAAAUUUAUAAAUAAACAAUAUAUAUAAUGUGACAGUAGACAGAGUGGUGAGCAUCUUGUUGUUUUUUUUUUUUUUUUGGAGUUAAUUUGACGCGGUUGUUGUGUUAUUGUUUUUUUAAUUUUUUUUUUACAUAAGGGAGUUAUUACUCUGGAUUAUUGAACAGCUCCAGGCAAAAGGAAUGUAUCAAGAUGGUUCGACGAUUAUCGAGCCUAAAUAUUGCAUUUGCAAUUUUGCUUUAUUUUAUUGUAAUAAUAAAUGUAUCAGUAGCACGACAAGAAUUGGGAAUGAUGUUUACACAAAAUCCUCAACCUUGGCCAGCACCAUUAGGUGAUGAAGUUUAUUUUGAAUGUAGUUUAAAUCUAGCUGCUGAAAAAUUUGCAUGGAGAUAUCGUCCAUUAAAUAAAAAUCGUUGGAUUACAUUAAAAAAUGCACCAAGUAAUGCUGGUAAAACAUCAAAACUUGUUGUAACACUUGAUAAUGAAUCAAAAGCUGGUGAUUAUCGUUGUAUUGCAUAUUAUGGAACAAGUGGUCUUGCAUCAGAUUAUGGUCGUUUAACAAUAGCUAAAAUUGAACCAUUUAAUGAUAAAUCAGAUAUUGAUAUAACAGUACCAUCUGGUAAUACAGUAUCAAUAAAUUGUCCAGCACCAUAUUCAUCACCAGAUGCAUUAAUACAAUUUUACAAAGAUAAUGAACCAAUAAAAAAUAUAAGUUCAAUAAAUGGUAAAAUAUUAAUAAUUGAUAAUGUACAACCAAUAGAUUCUGGUAAUUAUCAUUGUGUUGCUCAAAAUUAUAUUGCUAAUCAAGAAUAUAUAAGUAAUUAUAAAACAAAAUUACGUGUUGAUAAUGAACGUAAACAAGUAUUACCAUUUUUUGUAAAACAACCACAAAAUGAAUAUAAAGUAUUACGUGGUAAUAAUAUAACAUUAGAAUGUAAUGCUGUUGGUUAUCCAAUACCAAAAGUAACAUGGACGAGAUUAGUUGAUGAUAUACCAACUGGUUCAAAAAUAACAAAUAUUGGAUUAAAUAUAAUAAAUGUACAAUCAAAUGAUCGUGGUGAAUAUCAUUGUAUAUGGUCAUCUGGUAAUCGUAAAAUUGAAUCACAAAUAAUAUUAACUGUUGUUGAACCACCACGUGUUAUUAAAUCACCAAAAUCUGGUACAUUUUUAGAAGGUGGUGAAUUAGAAUUAUAUUGUGAAACAACUGGUACACCACAACCAACAUUUGAAUGGUUAAUAAAUGGUGAAACACUUGUUAAAAAUUCACAUAUUGAAAUGAAAGAUAAUAAAUUAUCAAUAACAGUUGUUGAAAAAAAACAUGCUGGUAUUGUACAAUGUGUUGCUAGUAAUGAAUAUGGUACACAUUCUGGUUGUAAUUUAUUACGUGUUACACCAAAACAACAUCCUGAUAAUGGUGGAGGUGGUGGUAGUAGUAGUACUACAAGCACUAGUAGUUCUAAUAAUAAUAGUCAUAAUAAUAAUAAAAAUCAUCAUAAAAAUAAUCAUAAAAAUAAUCAUAAUAAUCAUAACAACAACAACAACAACAACAAUUUACGUGCUGAUAAUUCACACAGUUCAACAAAUGGUAAUGUACGUUCUGGUAAUAAAAAUAUUAGAAUUGGUGGACGUAGAAAAAAUAAAGGUGGUCAUAAAAAUAAAACAGUAUUGGUACCACCAAAUCAACCAAAUGUAACAAGAUUAUCUGAUAUAUCAGCAAUGGUACGUUGGUCAGUACCAAAAAAUACUGGUUUACCAAUAAGUUUUUUUAAAGUACAAUAUCGUGAACUUGGUAGUAUUAAAAAUACAACAUCUUCAAAUAAUACUAGUAAUAAUAAUACUGAUACAAAUAGUAAUAAUAAUAAUAAAUCAUCAAAAUGGAUGACAGCAAAUUCAGAAAUUCAAAGUCAUAUAACAUCAUUUGAAGUAUCUGAUUUACAAACAGAUCAUAUUUAUCGUUUUCGUAUUGCUGCUGUAUAUUCAAAUAAUGAUAAUCAAUUAAGUCCAAAUUCAGCAAGAUUUUAUUUAACUAAAAUGAAUAGUUUUAAUAAUUCAAAAACAAUGCCAGUACCAUUAUUAACAAAUACAGAAGCACUUAGUCCAAAUCAAGUAUUAUUAAUAUGGCAAAAUACAGAUAAAAAUUAUAAUAUUGAUGGUUUUUAUGUACAUUAUCGUCCAACAACAACUGCUGGUGAUUAUAUUAAAACAACUGUUGAAGGUAAAAAUUCAACAAAUAUAACAAUAUCACAUUUACAACCAGAUACAAUAUAUGAAUUUAAAAUACAAAGUUUUUCCGUUGAUGCUGCAUCAGAAUUUUCAAAAAGAAUAACAAGAAAAACACUUAAAGAUAUUAAUAGUAAUGGUAAUAAUAUUGAUUUAUUAUCUAUUGAAAAAACAACAGUUGAUAGUACAAAAACAAAUGGUAAUGGAAAAAAUAGUAAUAUGUAUGCAAUUGUUGGUGGUGCACUUGGUGGUAUAUCAUUAUUAGCAGCACUUGGUAUAUUUGCUAUUAUUUAUAAAAGAAGUAGAAUUAAACAAACAAGAGAAUCAUCACAAAAUGAAGGUAAACUCAUGACAAAUGGAAUUGUUAUGAAUAAUGGAGGUGUUGCUGAUUCAAAAAUAAAUAUUACAUCAAAUCCACUUUCUGUUAUUGAUACAUCAGAGACAACAACACAACCCAAGAGCGGACAACAAACAUCUCUGGAGAUGACAUCAUUUAUCAAUGGCCAUAACAACAACAAUAAUAAAAACAACAACAACAACAUCAACAACAAUCCAACUAUCAACAAUGAUGGACCAACUGGUAGUGGUGGAGCACAAAGUGAUACAACCCAAGGAACAAUUGGACCAGUUGAUCAGCAUCACUAAAAUCAUCAAAAUCGAUAAUAAUAUUAUUAUCUUAUUGUUUUUAUUCUAACAAGCUUAAUUAUUUAUAUAUAAAUAUUUAGUAAUUUAUAAAUUGCCUUUUUUUUUUUAAUUUAUUUUGAAUAUUUUAAUGGAAAAAAUAAUAUUUAUAUAUAAAUAUUUGAGCUUUAUGUCUUGAGAUAAAUUAGUUGUGAUUUAGAAAAAAUUCUUUAAUCAGAAUUGAAAUUUUAAAUGAGUGUAAGAUCAAUGAGAAGAUAAAAAUCACAUGACUUUUUUCAAAAAAAAGUAUUGAUUGAUUAUUAUUUAUACAAAAAAGCUUUUUGGCAGCUUUUUUUUUAUUGUCAGUACUUAGUUACUUAUUUUAAAUUGUAAAUAUAUAAAUAUAUUUUUUAUUAAAAAAAAGAGUAAUAAUAAUAAUACGAUAUUAAAUAUCAAAUAACACAGUUUGCCUGAAAUUGCUCCGUAGUUAAACUCGAGUAUUACAAAUGAAAAUUAAAAAUGACAAAAAAUGUCAUUCUAUUUUUAUUUAUAUAUGAUGAUAUAAUAUUUAAAACAUUUUUAAUUUUAAUUAAAUAGCUAUUAUAAAAUGAGAUAACAGUAUUGAUUAAAAAAAUUACUGAAAUUUUAAUCUUGCUUAAUUAUGAUUUUCAUAAUUAUUAUUGUUUCAAAAACACUUUACAAAGUACUAAUCAAUACGCCCUGUUGAAUUUUAUUUAAUUAACAAAAAGUGAUAAUUUGGUUGUGUUGAGAAAAUAUAUAUUUUGGGUAAAAUGAUAAAUUUAAAAAAUUCUUAAACAAAUAUUUUGUAUAUAAAAUAUACACUUUUUUAAAUUUAAAUUGGGUUUAGUUGAUAAUUUUUUUAGUCUGAUGUAAAAUAUUAUUAAUUUGUCGCACUUAAUUUUUACAAAAGACAAUUAAAUAACUUUUAAUAAAUAAUAAUCAAACAUAUAUUUUUUAAUAAUAUUAUAAUAAUAAUUAAAAAAAACAAUGUAAAUGUGCCUUUUAGCAUCUUGCCUAGAUGAUAAUUAAUUUAUAUUUUAGCUAAUAUAUAUAUAAACACCAACUGUGUACUUAACUUUUUUUGUUUUUUUUUUUAAAUAAAAAAUAAAUUUUAAGAGUAAUA